AUGGGUAUGUUGUCAACAAAAAUAUGCGGCGAAGAGGACGUUUUCCUUAAACUCCUAAUGCUUGGUCUGGACAAUGCAGGUAAAACCACAAUACUGUACCGAAUCGUGCAAAAUGAAAUGGUGAAAACAUGCCCUACGGCGGGCUUCAAUGUGGAGAUGGUGACCCCAUGUAACGGUGUGAAUCUCUCUGUGUGGGACGUGGGCGGUCAACGACAGCUUAGACCCAUAUGGAUUCAUUACAUCAGUGGAACUCGUGGUCUGAUAUACGUGGUAGACAGCUCGGAUAGAAAGAGGAUGCCCGAGGCCGCAGAGGAGCUGUUUCGAAUCCUGAACAGUCCGGAUAUGUCAGCCAGCUGUCCCUUGCUAGUUUUAGCCAACAAAACUGAUAUGCCUAACGCAAUGGAGUCCUCGGAAAUUAUCGACAUUUUGAACCUACAGUCAGUGCGGAAGAGGAAAUGGCUCGUGCAGUCGUGCUGUGCGAAGACAGGGAAAGGGGUUCAUGAAGCCGUGACGGAACUUGGUAGACUAGUAAAAGAACACAAAACGUGA